AUGCACUCUCCCAAGAAAAAAACUCUCUAGCAAUACACACCAAACUGAGCAUGUACAGAGUGACUCCACACUAUAUGUCUUAUCAGGAGAGGGGGGCACUGGAAGAAAAGGAGGAUCAUAGAAGACAGGAUCAAACAGCAUUUUUACACAAUGCGUAGGAUUAACCCCUUAGGUUCCAUAGUGACUAUAACAAGUAUUCCUUACUGCAUGUACAGACUGAUUUUACUGUUGUCGGUUUAGUGACACUUUA